AUGGCUCUCGUAUUCUUCCCUGAUGAGCUCCUCAUCCUCACAUUCCCCAGGCACCCCAAGGCUACGGGCGUGGCUCCUGACGCUCUGAUGGUCGUCAUCGGUUAUCGCCGAAUAUGGAAUGUCCUCGUCCGUCGUGUUCGGGCGGACCACCCGGGAGCCCAGCGCAUAGGCCGCGGCGCGAUCGAAGAGGUCAAGCCAGGGCCCGAGCCCGAGCCCGAGCCCGAAGCCGAACCCUCGGCCACCACAGACCCACCGAGUGGUGCCGCCGGUUGCGACGAUAGCAGUGAUGGCUCCGCAAGCGGAAAUGACGACUCCGAUUCUCCACCGCUGCCGCGACGGGCUCGCUGGGCCAAAGUAUCCGGUUCGGGAAACCUAGACGACUGGUACCGCAAAAAGUACCGUAACCCGCAACGCGCGCGCAAGUUCAUCUGCUUAUGCAAACCCUCCGGCGAGGACGACGACGAUGACUGGGAGGAUGAGGACGAAUCGGACGAAGGUGAGGAAAGCGGCGACGACGACAUCCCCGUGGUCGAAGUAGCUCCUCGCAGGCGAUGCGAUGGCGGCAAGACAUGCCUCUGCUACAAGCCUGCCAAAAAGCACCCGGAGCACUCGUGGAUCAUGACCAAGGCUGGAAACGAGCUUGCUGGCCAGUCCAUCAUCCACCUCCAACUGCGCAGCCCAGAUAACUUCGAUUCGUACACUUUCAACGACCACGAAGCAUUCGGCGCGUUAGAGAUCAUACAGAACCUUUUGCGCGAUUUCGAGGAGGCCGCUGGGGAGCCAUGGGUCAGGCAGUGGGCGAUUUGCGAGGCUCUGGCGCAGAUUCUGGUGUCAUAUGACCAUUUUCAGCCCCUGUUCAUGAUUGACCAUACUAUUCUAGGGGAUAUGGCUGACAUGAUUGGGCGUAUGUUCCUUACCCAGCUUGCGACUCUUGAGAACGAGGGACUACUCGGCCCGAACUCCGAGGUCAUGAACCUCGCGCUGGUGAUGGGUCUGUACCUCCAAAUGGCGUCGAUGCUGACGGCGAUGGGUGUCUUGGAUUCCGAUGAUGAUGAAGAUGAAGACGAAGAGCCAAGCGGCAAGGAGAAGACUACCGCUAAAGGGAAGAAGGCCGCCAAGGCCAGUGCCUUCAAAUACAGCGAGAGCUGCUGGGACCUAUACAUUUACAUGUACGCCCAGAAGCACAGUAUCGUCCUCAACACUCUCACCAGCUCCCACACCAAAACCCUGCUCACUCGCCUUUCAGAAAAACCCUCACCCUCCCAGAAUCCGGAACAGACCCCUACGGAUGGAAACCCGCGUUGGUUCACUAUGUGA